AUAUCCAACCAUCUUUUAUAUGCCACAAUAACACACAUAUCAUAUUUCAACCGAGAAUGGGAACCACUAGCCAAGAAACUCUACCUCAUCUUCAAGACAUGAAGGUGACAAUCCACAAAACAUCAAUGGUUUUUCCAUCAAAACAAACCGAGAACAAAUCCAUGUUUUUAUCAAACAUAGACAAGGUCCUCAAUUUCGAUGUAGAAAUGGUUCAAUUCUUCGAAGCCAACAAAGAUUUUCCUCCUCAAAUCGUGACCGAGAAGUUGAAAAAAGCUCUAGAAGAUACUCUAGUGGCUUAUGACUUCCUUGCUGGAAGAUUGAAGAAGAACUCUGAAACCAAUAGGUUGGAGAUAGAUUGCAAUUCAGAAGGUGUUGGCUUUGUUGUGGCUUCUAGUGAGUACAUGUUGGGUCAAAUUGGAGACUUGGCUUAUCCUAAUCAAGCUUUUGCACAAUUUGUUCAUAACACUAAAGAUUUUCUUAAGAUAGGUGAUAUACCACUAUGUGUUGUCCAGCUUACAUCCUUCAAGUGUGGUGGUUUCGCCAUUGGCUUCACAAGAAACCAUUUAGCCUUUGAUGGACAUAGCUUCAAAACAUUCUUGGACAAUCUUUCUUCAUUGGCUGCUAACAUACCACUGACCGUCACACCUUUCCAUGACAGACAACUCUUAGCCGCACGAUUUCCUCCACGUGUCAGCUUCCUCCACCCUGAGAUGGUCAAGUUCGAUAAUAUACCUUUUGCAACUGAACAUAGUGUCUUUAAAGCCUCCUCAGAAGAACUUGACUUUAAGGUUUUUCAUCUAGGCUCUAAACAUAUCAACAAUCUUAAGGAAAAAGCAAAGGAUAACGACAACAUUCAUGUCACCAGUUUUAAUGUCAUUAGUGCGCAUCUAUGGAGAUGCAAGACAUUAUCUGGCACAUAUGAUUCUAAUAAGUUAUCAACUAUAUUAUAUGCUGUUGAUAUACGGUCUAGAUUGAAUCCUCCAUUGCCGAAAGUUUAUACGGGGAAUGCGGUUUUAACUGCUUACGCUACAAUGAAGUGUGGGGAAUUAAAGGAAUGCGAAUUCUCAAAGUUGGUGGAGAUGGUUAGGGAAGGAUCAAGAAGAAUGAAUGAUGAGUAUGUGAAGUCAAUUGUUGAUUGGGGAGAGUUGUAUAAUGGUUUUCCAAAUGGGGAGAUUUUGGUGUCUUCGUGGUGGAGAUUAGGGUUUGAAAAAGUGGAGUAUCCAUGGGGAAAACUUAAGUAUUGUUGUCCAGUGGUGUAUCGUAGGAAGGAUAUUAUACUAUUAUUUCCUCAUUUUCAUGGAUCAAGUGAAGUUGGUGGUGAUGAUGGGGUGAAUAUUAUAGUGGCUCUUCCUCCUAAAGAAAUGGAAAAUUUUCAAAGACUCUUUUAUACGUUUUAAUUUGAUCUAUUUAUGAAUGUGUGAAAACUAAAUGUAUUUCCUUUAUGACAUGGUUAGUGGUAUACAUAAUAAAAAAUAAUCAGGUUGUAAUAAGUAAUGACAUAUUGAUGUGAUGCAUCAAUAGUUUAUUUAAUGCUUUAUGUGCUUGAUUUA